AUGUCCUGCAAAUCCCAUCAUCGUGGAACCAAGAUUGUCAGUGAAGAAAAGAAAAAAGGACUCCUUUUAUUGACCCGGAUGUCAUGGACACAAUUGGAUGAAGAUUUACCAGCUCCCAGAGUAACAGUAGAUGGUCCCCUUUCUACUCCUUAUCUUGUUGACUCCAGGGAAGAAAAUCUUUGCAACUGGAUGGAUUCUGGUUUCUACUUGUCUGCAAGCAAAGAUUUACAGGAAAAAAGAGACAACGGAGCAGAUCUUUCAUCUCCAUCAGGAAUGGUACAAAUGACUGUGCAAAACUAUAUGCGAUCCUUGCAUCGGUUUUCAGAAAUGCCCAUUUUCUCAAGAUGGAACAGCGGCAGCUCAUCCCACUCUCUCCCCAAUGCUCCAAAAAGUGUCACUGAAUGGCUAGAUUACUGGGACAAGGAUCCAGUUGAGAUUCUGCUGGAUUUGGGGUUUGGUAGAGAUGAACCAGACAUCUGCACUAAAAUCCCUUCUCGGUUCAUCAGUUCUCCAUCCAUGGCUAAAGGAAUCAACAUCCGCGUUUUUAUUGAAGCCCAAAGACAGCGCAUGGAUAUAGAAAAUCCCAAUUUAUGUGGGCGUUUUCGGCAAUUGCAAGUCCUGGAUCACGUGGCAAAUGCUUUUUCCUCUUUGCUGAAUGAUGUCAACGCCUUGCAGCAGAAGUCAGAAGAGGGAAACCAAGAGAAGAACACAGGAAACCUGCCUAGGGAAAAACCAGUUCUCACCCAGGCAAAGAGGAGAAGGCUAGGCCAGCUUCUGAGAAAGGUGUCUAGACAGACGACGAUGCAUGGCCCUCCCGCAUACAGAAAUACUGGUGCAUUCAAGAACAAAGAUGAACCCUCUGCUGGUACUGAGGCAGAUCUACACAUACCAGCCAGGACUGGCUUGCCUGACAAUGCCUUGAUUUCUCUAAAAGAAGUGCCGGUCCCAAAUGAGGAGGAAGAGGCUAUGACUGUAUCCUGGCCUCUGCAAUCCAGAGCUCGUAAAACUUGGCUGUUGCCUCAGCUCCCUAUAAAACAACCCCACCUUCCUUCUGCUUCUGAGAUGCUUCCUAAAGACUGGCCACGCAAGGAUCUCAGUUUGCGCUUGACCCAUCGGCUCAAGAGAGUUUCUGGCUUAAGCUGGAAGCCUUCAGAUUCCUUUGAGAUGGAAGAGAUCCAGAGCUUUGAGGAUGAAUCUUCUUGGGGAAAUCCUCUUGAAAGCACUUCAGAUGCGAUGGUGACAAGAACUAACAGUAGCCAGUCUGACAGCAGUGGAUUUCUGGAAGAUCCCUUGGACCCUUUGCCACGACAGGGCUUGUCUCUGCCUGGAAAUUUGAGACUUGGCUGCAAUCCUCAUGAUUGCCAAGCAUUUCUGCGACACAGGAAAGAUUCGCCUCUGACUAGCUGGGAUCUUCAGCCGGAUGCAGAGGGGCCUGUUGCUAACACAGCAACAGCAGAUGGCCGCGUUGGUGUAUUCUUACCCAGCCUGAGCAGGGAACACACUUUUCAGGGAGAGGAAGUCUUUUAUUCCAUAAAUGAAGAAGAGGAUCUGUAUGAAACCUUAAGUGGUCGGUCUGAAAGUGCUGAGAUGGAUGAGAAGGAGAUGCACAGGAGAGGAGGACAGAUGGAGAAGGGAGGCAGCUGUGGGCAAGGCUGUUUUCAAUGCUGUCAUAUUGACAACAGGCAUCGGGUUGAUAUUAGCUCUCCAGAAGGGAACUGCCUUUCAGCCUGCAGUGAAAUGCACUCAACUGUAAGACUUAGUGAGGGCCAGAACUUUGAAGACAGACAGGGAUGUGAAGAACCUGGGACUGAAGAAGGCAACCAUAACGAUGUAUGUAAAGAAGGCAUUCUGGAAGGCAUUGCCAUGUGUGCGGAUGGAAAGUUGGAAACUUUGAAGGCUUCAGAAAAGUUGGACUCCCCCAUUCCUAUCACAGAUAUCACAAGUGAUUGUCAGGAUGUGGAUUUGGAUGGUGCACUUAGACAUUCGGCAAUAGCUAGAGCCUCCAAAAUGGAGCAUAAUAGCCUAGUUGCACAACGAGAAAUCAAUGUUAUUCCAAGAAGCGCUUUUCAAGACUCUAGCCUUUCCCCUUACUGCUUUACCAAGGGAGAAGUUAGCUCCUUGGAUCUGUCACCUACAGGCACAGAAUUGGAGGAAGAUGGGUGUUUCCCCAGCUUCGAAUUGAACCUCAACCCUUUGAAAUCUGUCACUGUCCAGAUGCCCUCAAGACUGAUGUCAAAUAUGCAGAGCAUUCCAUCUGUUGAAAUGACAGCCAAAGGUCCCUCACUGGAUUUCUCAUCCAAGGUUUCCCAAUGCUCCAAGGAUGAGUCUCUAAUUACAUUGGAACAGGAUAUAUCCAAGUGGGAAGAAAAACAAACACGGGAAGCUUGCAUUCAAACUGACAGGAGUCAAAGAAAGAAAGAGAGAGUGCCCCCGUUUCACUGUCUUCCUUCAUUUCAUGGACGGGGACAUCUUGUGAAGUCUGCCUCUCUAGAUACAGGACUUUUUGGAAAGUACAGAUCUUAUUGCCACGAGCCUUUUAAUGCCUGGUGCGUCCAGUGCCGAGGCCAUUGCUGCUCUUUGAACACCCGCCACUGCUGUUUGAUGUGGCCGUUGCCCUUUGCUCCUUCAUGCAAAUGUUCCAUGGAGUUUUGUUCAGCUCAUACCUCCACAGAGCUACAGCUUCUGAAAACACUAAAGCUACUGCAGGACACAGCAAUGAGAAACAUUUCUUCUUGCACAGUCCAUGAAAUGGAAGUUAUGAAGAAUUCGUGCCAAAAGUUUCGAGAACGGCUGGAUGAGAUUGAACUUCACCUGAUAGAGCAGGAGGCACUUUUCUCCAGUCAGAUGUCGGAUGAAGGACGAGAGGAAAGACGGCAGUUGCAGGACUUACGGCGGGCAGUUCGUCGAGAGGUCACUGAACUGGAAGGGCAGCUGCAGGAGCGUGCUCGCCAGGUUAGGGAGGGGAUUCUGAUGCAGCUGGAUCAACUGUUAGGUGAACAGUCGCGUCUCUGCUCAGAACUUGGGAUUUCUGACUGGAGAGAAGGAAGUGAGGCCAGCGAUAGACACCUGCCUCCAGAUGCCACCACUGCGGCUGGGUGUUCAAAGGCGAUCCAGCGCAGGCCUCCCAGUAGGAGCGCAACAGUCCCUUCCAGCCCUUCCUUGCUCAGACAACCUGAGCUGCAGGCUUCAGCUCUACCACCAGUCAAGACCAGCUCAGCAUCCGACCCCAAGGAACUUCACACCAGUAAAAAAGAAGUCAAAGGAGCAUCUCAGCCAAAAAUUGAUUUCAAGGCCUUUCUACAGAACCUGAAAAGAACUUUCCGAAAUUCUUUCAGUAAUGAUGCAGCAGAAGGAAGAGACUGA